AUGGCUUAUCGAUCUUCUACAGUCAAUAAGCUAGUCAUUCGAGCUUUAUAUGGCAAAUCAACGUCUUUAAAUUUAAAUUCAAGGUCAGUGUUCAGUGUUCCCGAGUGCGUUUCCAGAUUAACAAACCUGUCCGUCCUCCUGUUGAGGAACAACUUCAUCACCGGCCUCCCUCCUCAGCUGCUCUCUCUACAACAACUGUCCAUAUUAAAUUUAGGAAAUAACGCCUUGAAGGAGGUUCCUCUUGUUCUGAACCGUCUGAAGUCACUGAAAAAACUGUAUCUGUUCAGCAACCAAAUUGCUGCGGUGCCUCCUGGUGUGAUAGGUCACCUGGAAAACCUUGUUGUCCUCAAUCUAAACCACAACAACAUUCAAAGGCUUCCAUCGGACAUUAAAAGCUUGCGGAAGCUUCAACACCUCAGUUUGCAGAACAAUAAGCUGGAGGAACUUCCCCGUGAAGUUGGUUAUCUAACGAAGCUGCGAGAGCUGAACUUGACCUUCAACAAGCUGUCAUGGCUGCCUCUGCAGCUGUACCAGUGCAGAGAGCUGACAAAGCUUCAUGCAGCCAGAAACCAGCUGACAAGUCUACCAGAUGGGAUUGUGGCACUAGAUAAACUUCAGGUUCUGGAUGUGGCUGGGAACAGGUUGUCUAUGUUCCCUGUGGAGUUCCACCUGCUGCCUCUGAAGGAGCUGCACUGCGAGAGCAACCGACUGGUGAAACGUGAACCAGUUCUAUCACUCCCAAACCCUGACGUUCUUUCACUGAAGGAAUUAGUUGCCAGAUUUGUUCUGCAAGAAGACCAGAACAAGUUCUCUCUGGUCCACAUGAUGCUCCCACGUUACCCGGACGUCUCUGCCCUCCUGACCAGCAGCAGCUCUUGUGCAUUUUGUCAGCAUCCCUUCCUCACCACCCGACUGGAGUGUGUGCAUUUUGUAAACCUGAAGAAGGAUAUGAACUUGAGGAGUUCGCUGACUGUUCCAGUUCGGGCUUUUCUGUGUUCACACAAGUGCCUUAAUUCAGAUGGACACUCUUACUAUGGUGUUGUUACAAACAAAAUGAAAGUCCAUUAAAAGUUACAUCAUGUUAUGUCACACAUUUUAUUAUUUAAUACUGUGUAGAUCUGUC